GUCUGACAGUUCCAUAGAAUGAUAAUCAGAGUCGGAGCAGAUUACUUAGCUAGGUAGUCAUCGUACCUUUGGAGACGGCUUCGGUAUAUUAAUAGCAAUAGCUGAAAGCGGCCCCGGUCCGAUGCGCAAGGAAACCAACUUGUUUUGGCCUAGAGUGGGAUUUCAACCCAUACCUACAGACAUACUGGGCUGAUUAUGUUGACCUCGUUACGAAACGCGACUGCGUUAUGCGAGAGCUGACGAGUCAUCAUAUCAUAUAACUAACGAUGAAUCGCUGCGGAAAUGUAUCGGUCUCUAAUAUUUUUCUUUUUUUCUUCUUCGAUGUUUAACAACGGACUUUGAGAGGAGGAAUGGAAAUGAAGCAGAAACUACGGUAUCGACCGUUGCCUGGCCAGCAUGAUAUUCGUGUUAUUCGACUCCUAACGCCGGUGGAUGACCCUGUUCACGCUACGGGGCCGGUGCACUGCGAAAUUGUUCAUGUUGCGCUCGGAGAGGCUGAUCUCGUUGCCAAUGCUGGGAGUGCGACGAAGGGAUCGAAUGGUGCUUGGCCGGUGAGCGUAGACGCCGCUGUUGACAGCCAGUCCAAGACAUCACAGCAGACGGGAUUCAACGCGCUCUUUGAAAAGAGCUUGGUGGAACGCAUGACUCCGCUGGCCAAUUUACCAAUAACACCUUACUUCGAAGGACCCAAUUGUCUUAGAGAGAACCCACCAAAGAUCGGAGAUCGCACGGUAACAGCGUGGAACCCAAGCCAGGAUGAAGAAGCUGGUCUACCCUGGCGAUACACCUGGGGUGAUUUCGUCGCCUUGUCUUACGUCUGGGGCGACCAAUCCAUCAGGCGCGAAAUAGUCGUCGACGGCGUACCUGUCUCCGUAACAGCCAGUCUCGAGGGCGCCCUACGAGAGCUGCGACACCAUAGCCGCAUACAACAAGGCUUUCUAGUCUGGGUCGAUGCGCUAUGUAUCAACCAAGAAGAUCUAGACGAGCGCUCUGCCCAGGUCGCCAAAAUGAAGGAUAUAUACCAAGCCGCGUGGCACGUCGUCAUUUGGCUCGGCCCUGACGAGAAUCGCAGCGAUCUAGCGACGUUGGCGCUCCGGUACAUGAGUCUCCAUUCGGAGGAUGAAGAUGUCCUGGAUAAACUGUAUACGCAUGUUGAGUUUUAUGUCGUCCGGCUGCCGUUUAUGCAAUGGAAGCAUUCGCACACGAGCUUGCGCAUACGGAAAGCCGUGCUGAAUGCCAUCUACCACCUCCUUGCUAGACCGUACUGGCGUAGGCUUUGGAUUAUCCAGGAAGUCGUCCUAGGGUCGAGAAACUCACCUGUUCUUUGUGGUAAUAGCUCUAUCUUGCUGAAGGAUAUCUUUAGUGCCUUGAAGGUGAUGAAGGCAGACGGCGACGCGCUGGGCCAGUAUGUAAUCUUCGCUGAGAAAGGGCCGAGCAGAACCCGCGAGAGAUGGAAUUUCGUAGCCGAAGAUACGUAUGGGAUCUCAGAGAAGUUGUGGGAGCGGCCGAUCGCGAUAACAGCGCUCAAGUUCUUGGAUGUAGACUUAUCGGCACUGCAUAACGGCGUAUACGACUGUCUACUCAUCAGCCGCGAAGCUAACGCUACUGAUGAACGCGAUCGGGUCUACGGUAUCCUCGGCCUACCGCAGAUCGCGAACACCAUCCAGCUCGUUCCGGACUACAACCGCACGGCACCCGAGACUUUCAUCCUCUUCUCUGCACGCCUCCUCGCAAGCGGCAACGUAAACGGACUCCGACUGGUGAACAGCCCAAUUCCGGCCAUAGGAACGCGCUACUACAAAAGCACGCACUUCUCCCGCCCGCGUUCGCCGAAAUUCAUCCACGGCCACCGCAUCGUGCACCGCGGCUGCGAGCACGGCUUGCCGUCGUGGGUCAUCUGCUGGUCGUGUCCGCGAAACCCCGCGCAGCCGUUCCUCGACCGCACUCGACCCUUAUCCCUUCCGGCGCUCACACCCGCAACGCCGCACAUCACGGACGACAAUGUGCUUAUCGUCAAGGGCGUCGUGUUCGACACGAUUACCACCCUCAGCGCCUGCCACGCCACCGAAUCCGAUAAGUCAUACCCCCGCAGCGCGCCCGAGCCCUCAAAAAGUGCGUACGGUGAUCGUGCCGCGACGCGGGAGGCGCUGGCCCGGACAUUAACUGGGGAUUUCGAUUCCAAGAGCGAUAACCCCGAUAUUGACAACCCAUCCCUAGCCACCGCGAUAAUGCACCCUUCGAUCUGGGAUAUAGGUAUCAACAGUAUCGACAACAAUAUCUUCGGCCUAAAAGACUUCUACCAGCGCAAUCGUACGCUCCAGCUAUUCGACCAGUGGACGCUGGAUUCCCUGGUGCGCGAUCUGGACAGAAGCGCGGAUAUCGGGAGGAGGGUAAAGGAGUCGGCGCAGGCUCGGCCCAAGUUAUUGAGGGUUACGACGGCGCACCGGGAGGCGCUGACGCAGGCCAUGCGAGCGCUGGCGUGGAGGAGACUGGUGGUUACUGGCACGGGGCUCUUGGGAUUGGUGCCGGCUGCGGCUAGGGAGGGGGAUGUUUUGGCCAUGGUAGGCGGGUGUGAUGCGCCGCUGCUUUUGAGAAGGGUAGGGGGUGAUGAUGGAGUUGAGGAGAAAGGGAAUGGGGUUGAUAGUGGGAAGGGGAAGUUCCAAGUUAUAGGCGAGGCGUAUGUGCAUUGGGUUACGGGGCGGGAGAUAGAGGAGCGGAUUGAAGGGGGGGCGUGUAAGGUGGAAGAUAUAUCCAUUCGUUGAUCGGGGAUUUGGGGAGGGCAGCUGUUGUUAUUGUUGAUGUUGUUUUAUGUUUUAUAGCAGAGAUACCAUUAUUUGUACCAAGUAGCAUGGAAUAGUAUAUAUGGUGUUUGGUUGGGAAUUGUUGUGUAAGUGCCCCUAUUCCAAGCGUCAAGUGUAUAGUACCUACACAUAGUCCUGGGAGUAUUUAUUCCGUCCAGAUAGCCACUAGAACUAUAUUAAUUUUAUAGAAUAUAAUAACAUGUCAAGUAAUAAAAUUGAUAGGAAUAAAGAUAGUUAAUCAGGUAGUUGAGG